AUGACUCGAGACGAAAUUCUUCACAGUUCCCCAUCAGUUUUCGCUACUUGUAUUACUCCGAACAUUGUCAAAAAGGAUGUUAUACUCUCGAUCUUACCAGAAAGUCAUAUUGCAACCAGAAUGGAGAGCCUGAGAUCUUCCCAGUUGUCCAACGACUCGAAUUCGAAUAUGCCAAAGGCCACUGCCCAAAUUAUCUUCCAAUUUUGGGACCCGAAGGAUUCAGGAGAGCAGCAACUGAGCUCGCUCUUGGAAGUGAAUCACCGGCUAUUCUGGAGAACCGAGCAAUUGGAAUUCAAUCUUUGUCUGGAACCGGAGCGCUUCGAUCUGGUUCAAAUUCUUCAAAUAGCAACUGUUUAUUUGCCCAAUCCGUCAUGGGACGUUCAUUAUGAUAUAUUUCGCUAUGCAGGAUUCACAAAUGUGAGAACAUAUCAUUACUGUGAUGUCGAGAGGAAAGCAUUGGAUAUUGAAAAUAUGCUCCAGGAUCUACAAGAAGCUUCGGAAAAAUCAGUUUUUCUACUCCACGCUUCAGCUCAUGCUCCUUCAGGUAUAAACCCAUCUAUGGAACAAUGGAAAGUUAUUGCAAAGGUCGUCAACCAACGAAAGUUGUUCCCCUUCUUUUAUCUAGAUCAACAAGGAUUGGCUUCUGGGGACUUGGAGAAGGACAGCUGGCCAAUUAGAUACUUUGUUGACCAAGGCCUUGAACUCUUCGUUGCUCAGUCGUUCUCCAAGAUCUUUGGUCUGUAUUCUGAAACUGUUGGUAAUCUUAUCGUCGUUGUCAAGAAACCAAUGGUGACAGAGAGCGUGAACUCUCAAUUCACCCUCUUAAAUGUGAGCCGUUUCUCGAACCCACCCGCAUUCGGAGCAAGUCUGGUACAUCAAGUGCUCACUUCUCCUUGUCUUCGCAAGGAGUGGUUGGAACAGUUGGAGACGAUGAAUAAGAGAAUGCGUGAGAACAGAUUGGCCUUUGUUUUGACGUUAACCCAAAUGGGAACCCCCGGAACAUGGUCAUAUAUUGGCCGACAAUCGGGGUUGUUCUGUUCCCUCGGCUUGACACGUGAUCAAAUGAACUAUCUUGCGAGAAAUCACAACUUUCAUCUCAACAAAUAUAGAUGCUUCAAUAUUUCUUGUCUGAACAAGCACAAUAUGGAGUAUUUCGUGAAAGCUUUGGAUUCUACUGUAAGAAACACUAUGUGA